AUGCAAUCAACAGCGAAAACAGCAAGCUAUUGUAAUCUUAUCUCUUAUGUGAGUCAAAUUUGAAACCCGUGUUUUCAAGCAACUACAAAGCAUGCUGUCUGUUUCGACUGCUUUCAUCAUUAAACAUAAGCAGCUCAAAACUGAAAAGAAAGAGAAUAAAACUAGAGCGUCUGUAUUGUCAUUCGGUUUUUGAUGAUGAUUACCACAAAAGACACGAACAGACUUGCCACCAAGGAAAGCGAGUGCGAGUAGCGCAUAAAGACUCACCAGCUAAUCCAUUCCAAGCAGCCGCUGCAAAUGUGAAUAAAUCAAAGUCGAUUCAAUCUGGCGAAAAGGUACAAAUCAGUAAAGAAAAUGCCGAGAACCAGAAAUACGUCAGGGAUGCAUUUUGCGGAAAAGAAGGGGAAGAUGGUAAGUCGAUUAAUGGUUCAGCUUAUUUUUUAGUGCUUCGCAGGUAUCGCAGCUUUAAUAACAGCUGUUGCAUCAGCCACUUGCCACUUGGUGUGUGCCACGGAGGUGUGAAUCCAAGAUCGUCUUUCGGUUCUCGAAACACACUUGUUAUAGCGUGCUAUAUUUAGGAACGUUUACUCAAGUUUUUUAAGUUUUAGCAGCAAUCUUACUCGCUAAAUUUAGAUAAUCUUUUAUUAUAUAGCAUUUUGUAUUAGUAUUUUGUAGUAAUCUCUGCCUGAGUAAAAAAGCCAUUAUAUAAUGACAGUAAUGUUGAGUCGUAAUGUUGCACUUGCCACAGCGUUCUGUUAAGCGAGUGUAAAAAUAUAUUCCCUAUUCUUGCUUUCCAAAACGAAAUUGAUGGAUACUUCACGUUUCUAGCGGGUAUGCAGGGUGCGAAGGGAUGGAUCGAUAACACGGGUAGUUCUGGGCGCGGACUAACGAUGUGUGAUGUGUCCACUACUCGAUGAGUGAGCAGAAAGUUUGGUCACCUUCGACUAGUGAGCAGGAAGUUCAGACACUUCAGGCAAACACAAAUUGGCUAUGAAUUCAUUAUUUAAUAAAACUUUUUCGUAGGUCAUGCCCAAUUCCAUCCACAAAAAAGCGACAUAACUGAUGCACAGACGUCCUAUACAAGCCAAGAGCCAAAGUCGCCAAUCUCAGUUAGCUCUAUAGGAACACUAGAUUUAGACCCCAAUGAGAAAAUUAACAAUUUUUCCCAAUCUGAAGUGGUACCAUGCGACUGUUUUGGUGACCUUGUCGAAGACGAACUCCGUACCACAUCCUUAAAUCAGGAAGAUUUCAAUUCUGAAAAUUCAAAUUCUGACACUGAAGAUUCAGUUACCGAAACUAUUAAAGAUUCAGUCUCCGAGUCUCAGAAAUCAAAUUGGAUCGAAUCUGUUGCAAGUCUGUCUUGUAUCAGCAGUUUAAUGUAUGGUUGUCAAGAAAUGGUAAAUGAUGCAAGAACAUCAGACAUUCCUAAUGUUGAACAAUGGAUUGUAGGUGCACAGGACACUAUCAAACAGGUACAAGAAAGCUGCGUUAGAUUUCUGAAAAACACUGACAGCUUACUUCAUCAAAUCCAAAUGAAGAAACCCAAAGUUAACAGACGCAAGCUCUUCUCAGGUGUCUGUAGAGCAUGAUCCAGGCUUACACGGUGAGGUGCGCGGAGAAAACCAAAAGGAGUACCUGAUUGAACAUUUUCAGCCAAAGUUGUCUUGUUUCCUAGCCAAUCAAGAUAUACCUCAGGGGAAACAGGAUCGCCACUAUGGUAUAACAAGUACCCAGACUUAGAAUACAGUAUCAAGAAAGAUGCUGUGUUUUGUUUCGUAUGCACGCUAUUCCACGACGCGCCCUCAAAAGAGAAGGCAGACCCAAGCUGGAUAAGUACGGGAGUAAGAAAAUGGCACAAGAUGAAGAGCGUUGGAAAGAACAAACAAGGAAAACUGGCUCAACACUUCUCGUUGCAAAGUCACAAGGCUUCUCUAGCAGCAUACUGUCACUUUUUAAAGAAGACGGAACAUGUGGACAUCCAACUGGAUAAAGCUAAAAGGGCCACACAAAUCCAGGAAGCCGAAGACCUUGAAUGCAACCAUAAAGUAAUCCACAUCCUUUUGGACAUCGCAAGAACACUUGCCCGGCAAGCUCUUCCAUUCAGGGGUGACAGUAAUGAAGAAGGCAACUUUUACCAGUUGGUCCUAGUGGUUAGUAGACAUGUCCCAAGUCUUCGUCGGUGGAUAACUGACAAAAGGAUGAAUCCCUACCACGCCACCUAUUUGAGUGCUCAGUCGCAGAAAGAGUUCAUCACUUUUCUCGAAGCAGAACUGAGAGAAAAAUUUUGCAGGGAUGAUUUCUGA